AUGCAACGAAAUUCAUCCUCAAGUAAAAAAGUGCACGAAUGUCCUUAUCAUGAUUGUGGAAAAGUUUAUGGAAAGAGUUCACAUUUAAAAGCACACCUGAGAACCCAUACAGGAGAAAGACCAUUUCCAUGUGAUUGGAGUGGUUGCGGUAAAAAAUUUGCCAGAUCUGAUGAACUUGCCAGGCAUUUAAGAACUCAUACAGGUGAAAAAAGAUUCAGUUGUCCAAUCUGUGAGAAGAAAUUUAUGAGAAGCGAUCAUCUGCAGAAGCAUGCUAGACGUCAUCCAGAUUUCGAUCCUAGUAUGAUUAAAAAAAGAGGAGCAGCAAUGAAGAUUGAUGGAAAUAGCGACGGCAUCUCGGAUCAUUCUGUGGCAUCAUCAUAA